AUGUCUGGGGUAGAGAUAGCUGGGAUACUUGUUCCUGCGGCCGUAAGUCUUGCCACACCUGUUGUGGCAUUUCUCUUCUCCAAAGUUAAACAAGGCUCAAUUUCGCUUGAUGACACACAUCAAGUGCUGAAUUUUGGACUGGAAGGGCUAGUUGCUCUGAGAAAGGUUAUAAACAAUGAAAUUUCGGGCAAUAUUAUACAGAAAGUUCCGCUUAGAGUUUACAACAAUUGGAAGGAGCGUGUAUCAAAUAUUGAGAACCAGGUGGCGUCCUUGAAUAAAGAAUAUGAAGAAGUAAGGGGGAAAAAAUGGAAUAUUAGUAGGAAAAGUGAUCUUCUAAGUGAGAUGAAAAAGGCAGUCAAUGAAGUUGUGAGCAUUCUUGGAGAAUGUACACAGGAGAUUCUAAUUGAUAAGCCACGAGAGCUUGCCAUAGAGGAGAAAGGUGUUCCGCCAAUUCGGGGGUAUCUGCCUCUUGAGAAUGCCUUUCAAAAGAUUCUGACGCUGCUACAAAAUGACAGAGUAAAAUGCGUGGCACUUCAUGGACAAAAAGGGGUUGGGAAAACAACAAUAAUGCGACACUUAAAUAACCACUUCUAUGAUAGCGUUGGCAAGUUCUUUGAUAUGGUGAUUUUCAUCAAAGUGCCGACUGAUGAUAAGCAGACUGAUCCACAGACUGAAGACCUUCAUGUUCUGUGCAAAAUUGCGGAUCGAAUAAAGGUGGAUAGAGAAGGUGAUGAAUCUGAAGUUUCUGGAAGAAUACAGCAAGUGCUGGAGAACACACGAUAUUUGCUGAUUUUAGAUGGCAUAAGGUGCACACCUGAUGGGAUUUGGGAAAAGCUGGAUAUUUCAAAAGGCAAUAGUAAGGUAGUAAUAACCACUGAUAAUCCUCUUGCUUUCAAGUCAAAAUAUGUUGACAGGAAUGUCCCGCUUCAACCAUUACACCCUGAUGAAGCAUGGAAGAUGUUUCGAAAUGUUAUUGGUGACAAUCUCAUACAAGACAUACCAAACGCUCGACGAAUAUGUAAUAGGUUCUGCUCUUGCCUUCCCCUCCUUAUAUAUCCUAUUGCAAGUUCUUUUAAAUGUCGACAGGCUUCCACUGAUUGGCAGAGUGUUUUGGAUGAAUGUACGUCUUGGGCUCAACUUGGAGUUGAUGGUUUAGAAGAGUUAUACGAAAACUUGAAAAUUUGUUACAAAAGCCUCCCUAAUCAAAGUGACCGAAAAUGCUUCCAUUAUGCUUCACUAUAUCCUGCAAACAGCAAGAUAUACACACGUUACUUAGUGGAGUGCUGUAUAGUUCUGGGUCUUGUUGGUGACGUUGAUGCAAAUACUGACUACAAGGCAUUGCGCAGUCGAGUUAUUGAUGUGACGUUGAGGCGCCUUGUUAACUUCGCAUUCUUGGAAGAAGGGGGAAAAAUGAGGUAUGUCACCAUGAAUGAUUUUUAUAGGCAAUUUGCUAUUUAUAUGUCAUCCAAAGAUUCAACUUCAGAAUGUAGAUCUUACGUUGAUAAUGAAGAGGAGCAGGCCUUUAGAUCAGCAUCACAGCAUCAUACAUGGGUCUCUAGGAUUGGCAGUAGAUGGAAUAGUCCACCAACAAACCAAAAUUUUGCGAGUCUUCAGAUACUAUUGCUUCAAAAGAAUCUAAAGUUGGAUCAAAUCCCACCGGAAUAUUUUGAUGGCAUGGGCAAUCUUCUUGUGUUAAACUUAUAUGGUACUAAAUUAAGGAGGUUACCAUCUUUGUCAGGAUUAACUAAGCUCAAGGCAUUCUAUCUAAAUGAUUGUUCAGACUUGGAAAUCGAGUCAUCUGAGAUCCAGCCACUUAAAAAUCUCGAGGUGUUUGACAUUCGAGGCGCUAGAAUCAAUUCUAUGCCACGUUUGGAAAGAUUAUGGUGCUUAAGAAUAUCAUAUGAUGAAGGCGGUGAUUACUCUGGAAUUUCAGAGCUUCACAAUUUAGAAGAACUGAUGGUUGAAAUUGAAAAGCAAUUCAUACAACAAUGGUUUAAUGGUGGUGAAAAUGAUAUGACAAAUGCCACUUCAUCUUUGGAAAAGCUGAGAAUUUAUUUACCCUAUUCGAAGCAAUUUGGGGUGGCCUCAUCAUAA